GGGACGUCCAGACAGAAAAAAGACAAACAAAAAAGACAUCAUGGGGACGUUCCCUUGAGACGUCCUGAUAACUUUCGGGGACGUAAUUUUGCUAGCUGGGUGGUUAACAUCCUGUUUUAUUUGACCAGAAAAGGCAUUUCGAGAGGAUGUUUACGUAAUAUCCGUUGGUUCAUACCGGGGAAGUUGUUUCCUGAAGUUGACCUGGAGAUAUUAUUUGCCUGAAACUGGUUUGCAAAGAUACAAUUUAAUUAGUUAUCAAACUCCUUGAAAACAAAUGAUUUGUGUUCAAUGGAUUUGUCAGAGAAAGCAACAUCUCAAAAUGAAGACAUUGACACAGUGGAGAGCCUGCAGGCCCAAUUAGCCGAUUGCAGAGCUCAACUGGAGCACUGGCAGGGUGUGGCGACAAUCUGUGAGCUGAGCAAACAGGAGGAGCUGAGUGAGCUACAGAGACAGUGUGACCAGGAGAUCCAGUCUCUCCAGGAGGCUCUCAGAGAGACAGCGUCACAGUAUGAGGCCAGAAUAUCUACACUGCAGUCUGAGCGUGCCCAGUGGAGGAAAAAUGGUGGAACCACAGAUAAGAGCAGUGUAAAGAAGGGUAGGGGAAAUGCAGGAACCUGCGCAUCAGAGAGACAGACAGAAUCACCCACCAAUAGCUUCCAAGAACCAGAAGACAGAAUUCAGAGUGACAGACCAUACAGCCUUUCAGCAGAACUUGAGUCUGAAGGGACAGGGCUCCUAAUGGAAGGCUAUUUCUCCCAGCACUGCGACAGUGCCUCUCUCUCCUCCUUCUCGCUGGACACACCCUCUCUGCCCAGGCGCCCGCCCCCUCAGGACGAUACUGCAUCUCUGGUCUCCACGGGAACACUCGUGCCCGAGGCAAUCUACUUACCACCCCCAGGUCACCGGCUGGUAACACACAGUGACUGGGAUGCACUGAACGCGCAGGUGGUGGAGCAACAGGGAGAGCUGAGUCGACUGAGAGAGGAGAGGGAGCAGUUGGAGAGAGAACUAGAAACUCAGACAGCUGAGACACAGAAGCAGGUUUCAGUUCUCCAGUUUCAGGUUCAGACCUCCGAAGGCCUGCUCCUGGAGUUGCAGAAAUCUUUUAGCCAAUCACAGAAUGCCGUACAGAGCCGUCUGUCAGCGUUGUCUCUCUCUCAGAGGCGAAUGUGUAUGGAGCUGUCCAGGCUGAAGGGACAGGAAACAGUGGAGACAGAUGAAGGAGGAGACACCAACACAUCUUUUAGUCCAGCUUUACAGGGGGCACACUGUGAGGAACGUUUGCGCAUUGAGAUUGUAAACCUAAAAGAGCAGCUGGACACGAGGGCAGAGGAGAGUGAAGUUUUAGAAGUGCAGCUGUCCAGCCUAAAGACGGAGACGGAGCACAUCCAGUACCAGAAGGAGAGGCUGCAGGUGGAACUCCAGGCUUGCCGCACCGAGCUGCAGGGCCUCCAGGUGGCGCUUUCACACCUGCAGGGAGACAGCAAAGCCCUCAGCAAUGACAAGACGGCCAUGCACCAGCAGUGUCUGGAGCUGCGUAGUCAGGUCAUCAGCCUCCGCACACAGGUGGACACCAGCCAGACGGUGCAGAGGGACUUUGUUCAUCUCUCACAGUCACUACAGGUGAAGUUGGAGUUAAUUCGUCAGGCAGAAACUCUGGACCAAGUUAGGCAGAUAUUGGGAGAGGGUCUUUCUGAGGAUGGAGCUUCACCUACAGAUGCUAUGUGAGGCUAUUAAAGUGGCUCUACAGAACCAAAGCAACAGAAAAAGUAUUCCAAGGGUGACCAAUUACUAGCUAGGCCACACACGUAAUUUUUACUAUUGGAAAUGAGUGACAACUAGUGAAUAUUUCUACUGCUGCCACUACUUGUUUUGUGACUUGGAGUAGUUAUCUUAAAACAAUGGGAACUUUUUAAUCGUUUUAAAAUAGGUUUAUGGACCAAACUUAAUAUUUCUUAAAAUAACUCCUUAAAGUCACCUUAAGUGUAACUAAACAUCAAACCUCUUUUUGUAGGAAACCCCUAAUGGUUUAAUACUCCCUCAUGGCUAAACUCAUGAAUCCUGGUCUUGAUACUGACAAAUCUUUGUAAAAGUUUUAAUUCUGAUUAUUGAUAAAUUCAAGAUUUUUUUGCCCUUAGUAGUUAAAAACUUUUAAGUUUGUGACGUUUCUGUGCCUUGUCGAGGUACUCAACCUAUUACAGGGAGGGGGGAGUGUCAAGUCUCAGGGGAGGGUACUUCAGACAAUACUGUGAUAUGUCAAAUUCCUUGAGGUAUAGGCUAACCUUUAAAUGCAGGAGCAUCAUGCUAUGACAUAACAAUCAUGGUAUGUAAAUUGAUUUGGCAGCCAGAACAGGACAUGUAUCUGUGCACAUCUCACUUCCUGCCAGAAUGCUUUCUGAGAAUGGAAUGCAACUGGAGAGAGGAAGCAGUAGGAUUUGCAAACAUUGCACCAGAAAGAAAUCAUCAACAUCGUUUGACCUUUCAGUUUGAUUUCACAGACACCCACAACCAGAAUUUCUUUUUUGGAAAAUAUAAAGGGGCAGGCUUAGGUUGAAAGGUCUUUAGUAACCUUUUUAAGUAUUUGUAUGAAGCACUCCACAUUUACCAUCAGAAGCACAACAAUUUCAUACAGAUUUGUGUUUCACUUCUCCUUGUAGGUCUACAAUGCAUACACUUGCCUUCUCGAUAACUACUUAUCAUUAUAAUACUAUACUAAUAAAGUUAUCUAUCUAUAUAAAGGUCUGCAGACAUUUAACUAUUAUUAAACAACUGAAGGAGAAUUUGUCAUUAUGUAAGUAUGCAUUAUGGGGUGCUGCUUUACCAGAAAACCAGUAUGAAUUAUCAUCUAACAAUGUAUCCUUCCAUGACACAAUGAACAAUUGACUUAACCCUUGUGUUAUCUUCGGGUCAUAUUGACCCAUCAGUCAUUGUGACCCACCGUCGUAUUGCGACAACUUUACCGCAUACAAAAACAAAGUGAGGAAUUUUCUUUUAACCGUCGGGCUGUCUCAGACCCCCCACAUUGCGAAGGUUAAAAGAAAAUGCUAAUUUGUUUUUGUAUUGGGUAAAAUUGGGUAAACACAACGAUGGUUCGUUGUGGACCUUUGGGUCAUGUGACCCGAAGGCAGCACAAGGGUUAAGUGAUUUAAUAGUUACAUGUUUUGCUUCAGUUCCGUAACACUAAUUACUCAUUUCCAAUCACUCCAAUCUAUUGGUCACUAAUCCCGGGGCUUGAUGUCAUUCCUACUUUAUAUAAUUCCUUCUUCUGUACUGUAAAAUGUCUACAAACUACGGAUGAGAAAUGUGAAAACCAUGAAUGUAUAGUUGUAUUUGGUAUUUUCUUUUGUUCAUGUAUGUCAUAAUAUAUAAGAAUAAACAUGCAAAAACUUGG